CAUCCUGACUUAACGCUGCCGUAAUAAACACCACAGAAGAAGAAAGGAAGUACUUCCGGAGGUCAAAGGUAGUCUUCGUAUUUGAAAACAUGGAUCCCAACAAAGUGGGAGAAGACAGGACUAGUGGUGAUGGAGACAUGGCAUCAGUGAUGGGUUUCUCUGGGUUUGGCAAGAAGGCUCGCACGUUUGACCUGGAUGCCAUUUUUGAACAGACCCGUCGAACAGCCAUCGAGAGGAGUCAGCGUGCAUUAGAGGAGCGUCACAUGGAGGAGGAAGGAGAGAGCUCCAAAUCAACUAAGGCAUCAGUCCCCACUCAGAAAGUAAAGUCUGCAGCUGCUUCUUCAAGAAAACAGGAAAGCAGUAGUGACAGCGGUUCAGACUCGGACGCUGACUCUGACUCUGACUCUGAGCUUAUUGGGCCUCCGCUGCCUGGUCAAUACACAGCUCAGGGUGAAGAAGAACUGGUGAGACGGUCAGGUCCAGCUAGCAGCACAGCUCACAGUGAUGAUGAUGACAAUGAUGAUGAUGAGGGCCAAGAAGAUGAAGAUGACAAUAACCCAGUCAAGAAGAUUCCAGACACUCAUGAAAUCACUCUGCAGCAUGGCACCAAGACAGUUUCAGCUCUGGGCUUAGACCCCUCUGGAGCUCGUCUGGUGACCGGCGGUUAUGAUUAUGAUGUUCGUUUCUGGGAUUUUGCCGGGAUGGAUCAGGCUCUGCAGGCCUUCAGAUCCCUGCAGCCCUGUGAGUGCCACCAGAUAAAGACCCUGCAGUACAGCGUCACUGGUGAUGUCAUCCUAGUGGUUUCUGGGAAUGCCCAGGCAAAGGUCUUGGACCGCGAUGGCUUCAAUGUCAUGGAGUGCGUGAAAGGAGACCAGUACAUCGUGGAUAUGGCAAACACCAAGGGCCACACAGCCAUGCUGAACAGCGGCUGCUGGCAUCCCAAGAUUAAGGAAGAGUUCAUGACCUGCUCCAACGACGGCACUGUGCGCACAUGGGACCUGCAGUCUGAGAAGAAACACAAGUCUGUCUUCAAGCCGCGUUCCUUCCAGGGGAAGAAGGUCAUCCCCACAUGCUGCAGCUACAGCCGUGACGGCAAGCUCGUAGCAGCCGGCUGCCAGGAUGGCACUAUCCAGAUCUGGGACAGGAACCUCAGUGUGCACACAAAGUUUCACUGCAAGCAAGCUCACAUCCCAGGAUCAGAAACCUCCUGCCUCUCCUUUUCCUACGAUGGCAUGACACUCGCCUCACGUGGAGGUGAUGACACCUUGAAGCUGUGGGAUAUUCGUAACUUCAGGAAGCCUGUGAAUGUAGCUACCGGCCUCACCAACUACUUUUCAAUGACUGAUUGCUGCUUCAGCCCAGAUGACAAGCUCAUAGUAACGGGGACGUCAGUGAAGAAAGAAGAGGGAAGCGGAAAGUUGGUUUUCUUUGACCGAGCUUCCUUUCAGAGGGUCUAUGAAAUAGAAGUCACCGACGCAAGUGUUGUCCGCUGCUUGUGGCAUCCAAAACUAAACCAGAUAAUGGUGGGGACUGGGAAUGGACUGGCCAAGGUGUACUAUGACCCUGUUAAAAGUCACAGAGGGGCGAAGCUGUGUGUAGUGAAGAGCCAGAGGAAAGAGAAACAAGCAGAGACGCUGACACAAGAUUACAUCAUCACACCCCAUGCUUUGCCCAUGUUCAGAGAGGCCCGGCAGCGGAGUACACGAAAACAGCUGGAGAAGGACCGACUGGACCCAAAGAAAUCCCACAAACCAGAGCCUCCUGUGUCUGGACCAGGUCGUGGAGGAAGAGUAGCAUCUCAUGGAGGCACCCUGUCGUCAUUCAUCGUGAAGAACAUCGCCUUGGAUAAAACAGAUGACAGUAACCCACGAGACGCCAUCCUACGUCACGCCAAGGACGCUUCCGAGAACCCUUACUGGGUCGCCCCUGCUUACACACACACCCAGCCAGAGCCUGUGUUUGCAGAGGAAUCGGAGGAGGACGAGGAGGCUGAGAAAGAACCCGAGUGGAAGAAACGCAAGAUCUGAGGUGCUUCAACAGCAUUUUUUUUUCUUGUUAUACAUAUAGAAUAGCUGACAGGGUGUCCUUGUGGUUGAAUUAAGAGCCCCAUAACCAAAAGUUCUUACCAUCAAUCCCAGAACACUGAGCUACUGUCAGACUGUGCAGACGAGCAUCAAUGAAAUUCCUAAAUUGUACAACCUGUCCUCCCUUCUUCGUGUUUUGUUCUUUUUUUUAAGCUUACGUUUUUAUGUGCAGGACUCUGUGUUUUGUAGCGAGCAGAGGCAUUUUUACGAAGUGGGCAUUAUAUAAUUUUAUACAGGUUUAUGUUCUUUCGUUGUGAUCUAUCAACCACAGGAAGACCUUGGCCUUUUAUGUCUGUUUGGAUUAUGCAUUCUUUAUUUUCAUCAUUUCUAUUGUCCUCUCCUCCCACAGCCCUUGAGUUUGCUAAUUCCUCAUAAAUCAGCUCCAGAUUUUGCGGUCUGGUUCUGUUCAUCUGCUGUGGAGAACAGUGUACUACAUCGUAUGAAGUAGAUUCUAAAAACAUACAAAAAGGAGGGUGGUAUCAGCUUUCAAAUCAGCAAUCUGUUGGAGGUGAUAAACAGAACUUCAUUCAGCCAAGUGCUAAUUUAGAUUUUUCCCUCCUCCAUUCUGUCUUUCACCUCAAGAACCUCAAUAAAGGAAUUUGUAUUGUCUUGUAAAAUGGUGAUAUUUUAUCCAAUGUUAGAGAUUUUACCAGCUAAUUAAAUGAAUUCCUCUGUCAGAUUCCUUUUUUUCUGUGAGGCUUUGGCUCAACCCUGCAAAUACACUCAGUCCCUGCCAAAGCUCACGCUGUCUAUAAAGUUUUUGCAAGCAGCUUAGUUCUACCUACACGAAAUGUGUCUUAAACACAGAAGUUUCAAACAUGUACACUACCAGUCAAAAGUUUGGACACACCUUCUCAUUCAAUGGUUUUAAUUUAUUUCAGUUAUUUUCAGCAUUGUAGAUUAUUACUGAAGACAUCAAAACUAUGAAACAAUCUGGUUUUGCCAUAAUCUGGAUUACAACAGUAGUCAAAUAUGGCUAUCCAUUGUGUUCUAACCCUACUUCUGAACAACACAACUGAUGGUCUCAAACACAUUAAGAAGGCAAGUCAUUCUACAAAUGAACUCUUGACAAGGCUCAUGUUAAUUAGAAACCAUUCAAGGAGACCACUUCAUGAAGCCGACUGAGAGAAUACCAAGAGUGUGCAAAGCUGUCAUGAAGGAAAAAGGGGGCUACUUUACAGAAUCUAAAAUAUAAAACAUGUUCUGGUUUGUUUAACACUUUUUUGUGAAUUAAAUAAUUCCGGAUAUGUUCUUUCAUAGUUGUGAUGUCUUCAGUAUUAAUCUACAGUGUUUACAAUAAUUUAAAUAUUUACAAACCCUUGAAUGAGAAGGUGUGUCCAGACUUUUGACUGGUAGUGUAUAUGCAAAAUGAAAUAAAAGUUAUUAAAUUUGACUUCCAGUUAUUUAGAUUCAGACUCAUCCUAAUAAUAAAAGGGUAUCGACCAUGA